UCUUCUCCCACGAUACUCAUAAAAAAUAUCCUCUCUCUCUCUCUCUCUCUCUCUCUCUCAUUUUCUUCAACUUCCAGAGAUCUAAUGGCACUGAGGAUAAUAGAUAAUGCACUUCCUGUUGCACAGGAGCGGCCGAGGAAGCUGCAGAAACUGCCGAAGCAACCAGAGAUGGGCGUAAAUGACGAGAAUAACCCAGUGGCUCAGCCUCCUCAACCAUCAGCAGAUUUGUCCGUCGAUUACGUUGCUUCAGAGGAUCUUGAACCCUUGUCUGACCCUGAAUCCGCCUCCAAGAGUUUACUGGAAGAGCUGGCUUCAAAGGAUUGGACGAAAGUCUGUGAAGCACUGAACAACACGAGAAGAAUGGCACUUCAUCACUCUUCUCUCUUGUUGCCCAUUCUGGGAAAGGUAAUAGUUGGGAUGGUGAAGACGAUGAAGAGCCCUAGAAGUGCCUUGUGCAAGACUUCUAUCAUGGCUUCCGCCGAUUUCUUCAACGCCUUUGGAGAAACCCUACUCGAAGAACCUCACUCGAAUCCCAUCCAUGAUCUGAUACUUCAGCUACUAAUGAAAGCUUCACAAGACAAGAAAUUCGUGUGUGAAGAAGCAGACAGAGCACUUAACGCUAUGGUUAACUCAGUAGCUCCUGUGCCCCUUCUGCGUCAGCUCCAAUGCUAUGUCGGCCACAGCAACCUCCGCAUCCGGGCUAAAGCCGCUGUCUCUAUCUCAAACUGUCUCUCUAAGAUGGGUUUGGUUGAGAUGGAAGGAUUCGGGUCGGUUUCAAUGGCGAAAAUGGCUGCGGAUUUGUUGAAUGACAAGUUACCGGAUGCGAGGGAAGCCGCCAGAAGUAUCGUGAACUCUGUCUACCAGAAGAUCACAGCAGAAGAGGAAAACAAACAAGAAGCUUGGCAGAAGUUUUGUGAGACCAAUCUAACGCAGCUUAAUGCGCAAGCCAUGAUGAAGAUCGUCUCUUCUCGAUAAAGACAAAGGCUACUGAAAACUCUCUGAUAGCAUAUCGAGUCAGGGGCCUUUAGUACUAUUUUUGAGAUUGAAUUCUCUCUCUCCCCAAAGUUUUCUUCGACGGUGCAUCGGGAAACCGCCAUGAUGGCUGCGGCGGAGCUAUUCGGUCGAGUUUCUUCGACGCUUCAAGUUUGGAAUUUUCCACUACAAAAUGUUCUGUUUGGUUCAAUUAUAGUAUGGAUUUAAUUAAAGCAAUUUGACUUUGCUACCAAA